AUAUAUACAUUGUCAUCAAGAAUGGUAGCAAAGAAGGAGAUCAUACAGAUAUAUAGAAACAUACUGAGGAAGGCAAACAGAGAGUUGCAGUAUUCAAACUGUGAUUACUUUAGGUUUAGACUGUCAAGUGCAUUUAAAGAACCUGUACCAAACAAAUAUAUACUGUCUCGUAAAUACCAGGUAUGUGUUCAUCUUCAUUCGUUAGUG